UAUUAUUUUUCAAAAUGUUUAGUCCCAUCCGAAGGAUAGCAGAAGCUUUCACUCCAAAGACGAUCACAAUAGGGACGACUCUGAUUUUCGCUGGCGUCGGCGGGGCGUAUGCCUUGAGACUACGCGAUAGUCUCCGGCAAACAAAUCCAAGGCAUAUCCAAUCAAGUGUGGCAGUAUCAGAAUCUUUGGUAGAUUCAAACACUGUUCGAAAGCUUGUAAAUCCACGAAGCCAUGGCAGCAAAGGAGAUUCUCACUCUAUUAUCUUAUCACUGUGCUCGAGAAAAAAUGUGGCGUCGGAGAAGGAUCUACUGUCUGCAUUCGUGACGGGCUUUUUUUCAGGGCCAGUUUUUCUCCCGGAAAGCAUAGCCCUUACUCUUUUCCCUUUAUCGAAAGUAUCUUAUGAUGAGUUGAUUCCAACAACGGAUCAAAAAGUCAUUUGGAGCGCAAAACAACUAUCGGACACCCAGCUCCCUCCUAUAUCUAGUAUUCUGUGGGGAACAUUCCAAAUUGCUGAGAUUGAACUCUCAGAUAGCCAGGCCAGCGAAUCGAUAGGAAGUAGGGCUGUUAUUGUCUUUGGUGACAAUAAGGGGAGUUUCGCUGGUUGUCAUCGAUUUUCCGUCAAGCGGUUGGACCCAAGUACAGACAACAAGGCAGAUGAGAUUAAAUUUCGUCUUAGUCUAGAGUGCUUGGUCUGUGACCCAACUUCGAGCGAACCAAAGGAGUCUGAAUUCUUGCACAAGGUGCACAACAACUACUCAUACUUUUUGUUUAGAGACGCGGUGGCACAUACAAAGGCCAGGUUUAACAGCUUAAUUGAGUCGAGUCAUUGAAGAAGACAGGCUCGAACGUGUAAUUAUAGAGAUACAAUCUGCUCCAUGUGGAAGACUUCCAAUAAAAAUUCUAUUUCGCUC